GGAUCGGUUAGCAUCAGCAUCUUCUUCUUGGCUCUUGCACCUUUGUAAAGCUGGCAUCAGAGGUAUAUUGAGCAGACAACUUAUUUCGUCGCCUAGGGCGACAGUGACGGUAUCGUUCAUCAAACAUGGUGCCGAAGAAGAAGAGAGUAGUGUGGGUGUGGCUUUGUUGUUGUUGCAGCAAUGGUAGAGGCAUGAGCCUUUUGAUUGACAAACUUCUACCUUGCAACUGUUGCUGCAUAACUUAUCACCGCCAAAGCUGUCGACACCCAACAACGGCACCAGUUGCUUGGGACCUCGACCAGUGUAAAACAAAAUUGGCGCCUGCAAUAACCCAGAUCCUAGAUGAUGACUCAGAAUCGGAGGCCGCUUUGGGGAAGAAUCCGCAGGACCCUGUUGACAAGAAGCAUCUUAAGCCGCGCGGAAAGUACAGAGCGAUAUGCAAAUUAUUUGUUACUUUUGAGGGAGCACUGUUUCCGACAGAGGCAACUGGGUGGUGUUUGAUUGAAAACGGCAUCGUUGCAACAGCUGGCCAUUGCGUGUACCACAAAGUACACGGCCGCGCAAUAGCAAUAGAAGCCCACAUCAGUUACCAUGGAGCGGAUUCUGAGCUACGAAAGACUCACGAGGUUCGAAUGGCUGCGGAUGUUGCCGUUCAUCGGGGAUGGCACGGCAACUUCUCCAGGGAAAACGAUAUUGCUCUCAUCAGACUGUCGAACCCUUUCGAUGAUGUCCUCCCCCUGAAGUGGAAACCUUGCCCAAUACAAGGGGAGAGAAUGCAGAUUGUUAUCGCUGGCUAUCCUGGAGACAUUCCAGCUGGUAGGCCGGGCCAGUACAUGUACGAGAGCAAAGGGAUGAUAGACUGGGACCUCCAGCAGGAUCCUACGCUCAUAUACCGGUUGGAUACUUCUCCAGGCAAUUCAGGCUCACCAGUUUUUCAUGUUGGAGAAGACCAGGAACUCGUCGUUAUCGGAGUCCAUGUUUGCACAGAAGCAAUAGAGCGUCCGGUGAACGAACUCCGCUCCGACAGAGCUGGUCCGUUCAUUCAAGUAAAUAAAGCGAUUGCUAUUGGUCACAAGGGCAACAAUUUCGACAACCUUCGACAAUAUUUGAUGUCACCCAACAAAGACUUCGGCACCAGGGGAAGUAAUUCUUUCAAAGUGUAGAUAUAUGAGAUGCUACAUUGAAGAGAUAAUGACGCGGAAUUGCCAUGCAUUUUUCAAGCCUAAGA